AACUGAGAUUUUGCAAACCCCACUUACAUAGAUACAUAUAUACAUAUAUUAUGCACAUUGCAGCUUCCUCAAAAGCCACUAUCUCCUUCCCUCCACAUCAAUAGAUAGAUACAUACAUGGUCCACCUAUAUAUAUGCAUACCCCCACAAACCCAAUUCAUCAACACACACCAAAACCAAAGCUUGCCUUGAAAAAACAAAACCCACAAAUUCAAUUCAGUGUCUGUGUCUCUCAAUGGAUGCUCCUCAGUCUCUUCGUUGUGAACUAAGAAUUGUUCAAGCAAGAAACCUUGAAUUCAAGUCAAAUGGCACCCUCUUUGUAAGGUACUAUCUUUCAUCUGGUAAUGGCCAGAGAAUUCGAUUGAACAGUCAAGAACUCUCUACAAAAUCUGAUCACCUUGUUUGGAACGAAUCCUUCUCAUUGGAGUGCAUAGGGACCCAAGAAUCUAUUGACCAUCUGAGGCAAGAAACUGUUGUUUUUGAGCUGAGAUGGAGGAACACAGUGCCAGUUCUUGGGAGAAUUGGGUCUUCACAAGUCAUAGCCAGAGCUGAAAUUCCAUGGAAAGAUGUUUUGGAGUCACCAAAAAUGGCGAUUGAGAAUUGGGUUGUGAUGAAGUCUAGGAAGAAGAGCUGUGUUGUUGAAGGUCUAAAGCCUCCUGCUCUGUUAGUAGGAAUGAAAGUUGAAGUUCCAACAAUGGUGGAGAUGGAGAAGAAGAGCAAGAGAAACAAUGGGAUCAUGAAGAAAUUAGAGAAUAAUCAUCAUGAGUACUGUGGAUGCAAAGGUGCUUGCUUUGAUAAUGAUCACUAUGAUGUCUUUGCUCUAGUGGCUGCUUUGGAUGCACUCUAGAACAAGAACAUGGAUUUCUUCAUCAUUCUUUUGAUUUUUUGUUGUAAUAGAUAGAUACAAUUUUGUUGGAAACUGUAUGCCUAUCAUAUCAAUGAAUUAUCAAAGUUUUAAUCUUUU